AAUUCAAAUUGAGCCGACAAUCAAAUGGGAACGCAGAGUCAAGUGCCCACAUCUUCCUUGGUUUUUUGUUAACAUUUGGUCACACUGUCUGAUGUUUGAACCCUUGACUUCUUCGUAAAUACAACACAAAACAUGGCUCUUCAAUCUGCAGAAUCUGCAGUGGAUUUCUCCGGCUCUUUCCCCCAGUGAGUAGCUCGGCUCUCUGUCGCUCUGUCGUUUUCUUCCCUCCCGCGACCUGCGGGCGCACUGCGCCAACUAACUGACUGGCCGAAUAGUCGUGACUGGGCCCAGACUCGAACCUCGUUGGUGGCUCCUCAAUCCCUUGGAAGAGACCAAAGGGGUCUGGGAUCUCUCAUCACUUCUUAUGUUCUGAAUCCAGAAGUCAAGCGGAGAGUUCAUUCCAGUCGUUGGGGAGGGUUCUGUCUGUCUCAUGCCCAACUCGAAUUCAGUCAUGGUCUCGUUGAGCUGGUCCAAGCUUCAAAUUGGCUUGUGGCUGGUCUGGAUAUCCGGCUUACAGUCAUCGCUACUUCCAACAUCACCCCCCGACUUGGGAGAAACGGAUGCCUGGGUUACACAGAUGCCAAACUCGACUGAAGGUUCAACCCCAAAAGCCCCCUUAACUGCUUUGGAUCGCAAGCAUAUCAUAUACUACCAUUGGUUAUUGGAUGCAGAUUCGUUGAGCAAUACUACAUUGUCAUGGCGAAAUCCCGCCGAGAAGUUCUUCUUUUAUGCCAAGCUCGUCAUGUCCAUCCAGGAUGAAGAGCAUAGGAUUCCCAUGCCUCGAGACUCGCCCGGACCGAUCAACCUAAUCAGUCUCGGCCUCCAUGACACCCAGGUUGAGCAUCUCAAGCUCAUGCCCAUACCCAAUCUCCGUAAGAGCAUCGCCAUUACCAAUGGCCGUCUCUUACAAUUCGCUCAAGAAUUCGAAAAGAUUGCCCAAGACGCUGGAAUUCUUCAGAUCGUAGGUGGCUCCUUGGGCAUUGUGGGUGGUGCCUUAGGCACCACAGGUCUGAUCUUGGCCCCCUUCACUGCGGGAGGAUCCUUGGUUUUGACCGGUGCGAGUGUGGCAUUGGGCGUCCUCGGGUCGACUUUACUAAUCACCUCGGCCGUCGGCAUUUCCGGCGAUGUCAUUUCUUCGCUUUGGGAACAACAUUAUAUGGCCAAAAGUAUGAGCGAAUCCAAUCAUGUAAUGAAUCACGUGGAACAUUUGGCGGGCGUCGUGACCGAAGCCACAGUGGCCUUUCGCGAGUUUGACGAAUUUCUGGAUCAGGAUCCGCAGACAGAAGGUACACUGGAUGCCAUGAUUUGGGCGAAAAAUGUUUACGUUUUGCUCAUGAAAUCGGUCACCAUGUCGCGAAUACAUGAAAAAAUCCUCAACCGCGGUGAUAUUCCAAAGUUACCAUCGAAGGUUCAAAUCAUCAAAGAUGUGGUCAAGCAUAGCAAAGAGUCGGUUAAAGCCGUCCUGAACGGCAUGGACAACUACUGCUUCUCCUUCCCGUCUCUUGGGAGCCCCAUGUGUUAUAAGAUUGAUAAAGCACAAUCCGUGUCGAAGAACAUAAAACAUAUCCUAGGAUCAGCCAAAGGUGAUGUGCAUAAACGAUACGCUUUGAAAUUUGCAGCUUCCGGCAUCAAAAUCCCUUGGAUUCGCGAGUCCAAAUUGGUGUGGAAAUCGGUGGUGAAGGCUGGCUCUAAAAUGGCAGUAGCUCUCGCCUCAGUUGGAUCGGUGGUGUCUGUGGUUGGUGGGAUUUGGUCUGUUCUAAUCGGGGUGGGAAAUAUCAAGGGCUCUGGGAUUCUCUCCGAUCGAAUCAGGUCAUCCGUUUACGACGUAGAACUGAUUUCUUCUAGAACUUUGGAGCUUUACAAUACGCUGAGUAUGACGGACGCGUCCUCGGCGAAUGUUGGUUCUUUCAAAGUGUUGACAGGCAUUGAGAUUCAUACUUGCUGGCAAGCCGAUGCACAAAGCGACUCUCCGAUUUUCAUAGAAAUCAGAUCUGGUCAAGAUCGUUGUGUCACAAAUGUUCUGGAAACCCAUGCUCACAAUGAUCUUGAGAUCAAUCAAUGGGAUAUCUACUCAAACCCGGACAUCUUGGGGAAUUGCUCCGGCCUUUUUAUCUCGAAUGUGGAAGAAACCCAAGUCAGAAUUACAAACACUGGAGGUGGUGGUCAUUGCACUGACAUCAUAAAUUUGCAAGUAGACUACAUCUCUAAGGCAUUUGCCACUUGUGAAGUAAUUGGUGGCGUUUGGACAGACUACAGUAGCAGUAAUUGGAUCCAUUGUCAAGAUGGACCCGAUGUUGCUCGAAUCGAGAUCUAUCCGUGCAUGUCUGACUUUGCCGGUACCGAUUCUUAUGUCAGCUUAGCUAUCCGGUCCGCUGACCAGCAAUGCGUAACAAACUACCUGGAUAAUAAUGGAAACGACUUGGCUCGAGGCCAUGUAAGUACCUAUCGACAAGAUGUUUUAGGCGAUUGCAAAGCUCUCGAAGUGCUCGAGAACGACCUCCAGGUGGGAUUGUUGCAUUUCGGAUAUGAUGCUCUUUGUCUCGGCGUGGUCUUAAUUCACGCUAAGAAUAGAGCAAUGAAGAGAGAUCACGUGUUCAAAUGUGAAAUUUCUCAUCAAAAGCUCAUCGAAUACGAGAGCUCCGAGUUUUUCAAGUGCCCCAAGUUCCAGCCCGAUGAUACCAAAGCCAUUUCAGGGAUUCGUCCAUUCAUUUGCGAUGCAGACUAUGCCGGUUCAACAACGGGUUACGAUUAUGGAGUCCAUUUCAUCAUUUGUUCUACGACUGGAUGCUGCCAAACCAACUAUCUUGAUGUUCUUUACAAUGACGAGUUGGUCCGAGGCGAUUCGAGACUGUACAACCAACCAGGAGGCUUAGGACAAUGCUAUGGCUUUGAGAUCGAUCGCUCAAAUGUUAGCUAUACAUUGGUCAACACUAACACUGCCGACAACGUGUGCAUAAAUAGUGUUGAGAUAUUUACCAAGGCCUCUUCUAACCUGUACCCCUACGUAAAGUGUAAUGCCCCUUCCGGCUCCUUAUGGGCUGAUAACGAAUCAAAGGGGCCUUAUUCUUGCUCAAACCCAAUUGAAACGCUUGUGUCUCAAAUAGAAACGCGCGUGUGCGAUUCCUAUGGAUCAGGAACGGAUUCAGCCCUUAAGAUCAAGAUCUGCAGAAAUGGAUUCAGCGAUUGCUGCUCCACCCAGGUUUUAGACAAAAUUGUCAAUGAUGAUUUUGAAGCAUCGGACUUUUCAAUCUACUCUGGCAAUCACCUGGGCGAUUGUAGCGAUUUUAUGAUCAAUUCUGACGUUAUCAACCUGUCAGUCAUUAACCAGGGCAACGAUGGAGUCUGCUUCUUGAGUGUCAACAUUCGUACAUUAGCUGGCAAUAUACUCAAAUGCUACAUACCAAAUGAGAUUGAAUAUUGGUCUUCCACUGGAACUAUGGAUCUUCGAUGUCAGAACCUUUAGAAGUUGGUGACAAAAUGCGCCUGCUCGUGCAAUCUCAAUACUCUGAAAGAAAUCCGCUCCGUGCAACUUCAAUAGCUGUGCUGACCCAACUGUUUGCGGCAGUCUAAAAUAUAUAAACGCAUCAUUAUUGCUUUGUCACGUCUGUAAUGAUUUCCAAAUCUAGAAAUUAAGUUUUUGUUCCAUCUCGAUGGAGCAAUCCCC